AUGUUUAUUAAACAAAUUAAUGUUCUACAGCAGAGUAACCUGUUCAUAAAGCAAGUUCCUAUGUUAGUUUGCACAUAUAGGCUAGCUUAUCUAGAGAAGCAGCUCAGUUGGACUCUACAAAUUAAACCACAUGUUUCCAAUGAACACAAAACCAUGGGGUUCAGAUCUUAUAGGAUGACUUUUUCCUAUUUGAAUAAAAUGAAAAGUUAUAGGUACCCUGGGACAAGACCGUACAGUACUUCACAAACCACAAUAGACGACAAUGAAAUAAAAACCUUCCAGAUGUUGGCUCACAAGUGGUGGGAUGAGCAAGGAGCAUAUGCACCUCUUCAUUCUAUGAAUGACUUAAGGGUACCAUUUAUUAGAGACAAUCUUUUGAAAGCAGUUGCUGAUCACCAGCCAGGAAAACCUUUGUCUGGGAUGAAGAUUCUCGAUGUUGGCUGUGGUGGUGGAUUGUUAACUGAACCUCUAGGGCGGCUGGGGGCUUCAGUUCUUGGCAUCGAUCCCGUGGAUGAGAACAUUAAAACAGCACAACAUCAUCAAUCAUUUGACCCAGUCCUUGUUAAGAGGAUAGAGUACAAAGCAUGUUCCCUGGAAGAGAUUGUAGAAGAAACCGCAGAAACAUUUGAUGCCAUCGUAGCUUCCGAGGUUGUAGAACAUGUGAUUGAUCUAGAGACAUUUAUACAGUGCUGCUGUGGAGUGUUAAAACCUGGUGGUUCGUUAUUCAUUACUACAAUCAACAAAACACAACUGUCCUAUGCCUUGGGAAUUGUUUUUGCAGAGCAAAUUGCUGGUAUUGUACCAAAAGGUACUCAUACAUGGGAGAAGUUUGUUUCACCUGAAAAGCUAGAGAGCAUUCUGGAAUCAAAUGGUCUGUCAGUUCAAACUUUGGCAGGAAUGCUCUAUAACCCCUUCUCAGGGUAUUGGCAUUGGAGUGAGAAUACCAGCCUUAAUUAUGCUGCUCAUGCUAUAAAAUCCACCAUCCAGGAAUCCCCAGUACCUGCAGAGUUUGUUCUAAAUGGAGAGACAGAGGCACUCCGAGCUAAUAAAGUCUCCAGCAGCCUCCAUGUACAUGAAGAGCUGAAGAAAUGA